UUCCCCCAGAGUACCAGGACCAAGCUUUUUGUCGCGUCUUCUUUCGUGAACAUCCCGAAAGACGAUACAGACUGCUCGAUAGCUUCCGCUGAUCCGACGCCUUGACAAGCCAGACCAGCAUCGAUCGACGUCGUCAGACAUCCAUCGCAACCUAAUCAUUCGACCCUCAUCAACCCAUCUUUCAACACCAUCACAAUGUCUGGAAAGCUCGACCAAGCCCUUGACGACAUCACCUCGGCCCAGCGCCGCAGCGCUCGUCGUCGCAGCGCCCCCCGUCGCUCCACUGGACGCCCCAACACGGCCGCGCCCGUGGGUGGUAUCCAGAAGAACACCAAGCCUGCCCGUGGCGCUGGCGUGAAGCCCGCCCCCGCCAAGGCUGUUGCUGCCAACAGUGACAGCAAGAUCAUUGUCAGCAAUCUGCCUAAGGACGUUUCGGAGCAGCAGAUUAAGGAGUACUUCGUCCAAUCUGUUGGCGCCAUCAAGAGAGUUGAUCUCGUGUACGGCCCCAACUCUCAGAGCCGUGGCAUUGCCAACGUGACGUUCCACCGAGCCGAUGGCGCGAGCAAGGCCUUCCAGAAGCUCAACGGCCUUCUCGUUGACAACCGCCCCAUCAAGAUUGAGAUUGUCGUGGGCGCUGCUCAGGCCGACAAAGUCAUCCCUACUGUGAAGACUCUCGCCGAGCGCACCUCUCAACCCAAGGCUCAGCCCAAGUCUGCGGCUGCCAACAAGCACAAUGGCAACGCCGCCAAGGGCGAUGCUGCCAAGGGCGGCCGUGCCAACACCAAGAAGCGUCCUGCUCGCAGCGCUCGCCCUGCCAAGAAGACAGCGGAAGAGCUCGAUUCAGAGAUGGCUGACUACUUCGAUUCCGCUGCUGCCGCCGCCGCCGCCGCUGGCAACAGCAGUGAGAACGCCGUUGUCGCUCCUGUGACUGCUGCCACUGGUGAUGCCUCCAUGGAGGAUGAGAUCAUGUAAAUGUUUGUAAAGAUGAUGGUUGCCUGGUUGGAGGUUGAGACUUAAUAAUAAAUACCAAAAACAAUUCGAUCUGGCGGCGUUGAAGGAGAGACGCGCACUGGUUUCAUCACUGGUUAUUGCUGCAUCAGAAUGGUUUUAUCCCCCCAUAAGGGACGCGGGAGAGGAGGCUUUUGAGGUCGGGAUAACGGGGGCAGCUGGUUUUGCAUUUGUUACGGCUUUGAU